AGCAAUGACAGGGCAGUUGGUGAGUUCCAGAGAGCAUCUGGGGCAAAAGCAUCAGAGGCUGCAGAGACCACAAGGCACGAGAGGUGAGAAAGACGGAGACAUGAAGCUGAAGAAAGAAGGCUGUGAAGAGCCAGAGAAAAGAAACUGCAGGCUCUGCUCACUGGAAGAGUUAAGCACAGACACGCCUUCAGGGUCAAGGGUCUCGGACAUGCCAGGCCUGGGGGCUAUGACACUAGCAGCUAUCAAGGGCUGAGAAUCCUGACACCUUAUGCCCAAGAGCCAUAACACUUGGUGAACGGUUGCUAUCUGCCUCUGACUUCUGCCACUGACAACUGCUGUUGGAAGCUGAGGAUGAGAACAGCUGACAAGUGUCAAGCUGGUGGUGGUUAAAGCCCAAAGCAGAACAUGGAGCUGAUCCAGGAAAUCUCCCGCCCACCGCUGGUGUACAUGAAUGGCGUCCCCCUCAUCAAGUACUUUGCAGAAGCGAUUGCGCCACUGCAGAACUUCCAGGCCUUGCCCGAUGACGUGCUCAUCAGCACGUACCCCAAGUCUGGCACCACUUGGGUGAGUGAGAUACUCGACAUGAUUUAUCAUGAUGAUGACCUAGAGAAGUGUCAGCGGGCUCCCAUCUAUGUCCGGGUGCCCUUCCUCGAGUUUCAAUGCCCAGGACUUCCCUCAGGUGUCUUGAGACUGAAAGACACACCAGCCCCACGGCUUCUCAAGACACACUUGCCCCUGGCCCUGCUCCCCCAGAGCCUGCUGGAUCAGAAGGUCAAGGUCGUCUACGUUGCCCGCAAUGCAAAGGAUGUGACCGUCUCCUAUUACAACUUCCACCAAAUGGCCAAGGUGCACCCUGACCCCGGCACCUGGAACAGCUUCCUGGAGGAGUUUAUGGAUGGGAAAGUGUCCUAUGGAUCGUGGUACCAACACGUGCAGGAGUGGUGGGAGCUGAGCCACACACACCCUAUUCUCUACCUCUUUUAUGAAGACAUGAAGGAGAACCCCAAAAGGGAGAUUCGAAAGAUAUUGCAGUUCGUGGGGCGCUCUGUGCCUGAGGAGACCGUGGAUCUCAUCGCCCAGCACACAUCCUUCAAGGAGAUGAAGAAGAACCCAUUGGCUAACUACAGCACUGUGCUCUCUGACUUCAUGGACCAUACGAUUUCUCCUUUCAUGAGGAAAGGCAUCGCAGGGGACUGGAAAUCCACCUUCACUGUGGCCCAGAACGAGCGCUUUGACACCCACUAUGCUGACAAGAUGGCAGGCUGUGACCUCCCCUUCCGCUGGCAGAUCUGAGGGUGUCAGCAGGAGCCACUGCAGAGGAGUGUUGACACAUCCUGACCAUGACCUCAAGAAUAAACUAGGACUGGAAGUGUUGCUCAAGUGGUAGUGUGCUUGCUUU